GAGGCGCUGAGGAGAGCGGGCGGUGGCACCGGCACCAUGGACGACCUCGGUGAGUUCCCGGCGCUCCCCGGCGGGCUGCGGGCCGUCUCUCCGGCCGCGGCGUUCGGCCGCGAUCCGUGCCGGCGGCUCGGGCUGCCCGCGGGGCCGCGUCCCUCCCGUUGGCCGCUCGGGCCCGCAGCCCCGGGGCUCGGCACGGCACGGCACGGCACGGCUCGGCCCGGCCCGGCCCGGCCCGGCCCCGCCUGCCCGAUCCCGGCCCGUGCGCGGGGUGCGGCCCGCAGAGCCCGGCGGCGCGGAGUCCCGCGCGUGGAAGCGAUGGGAGCGGGCUGGGGAGGGGCCGCAGCGCUGCUGCCAUCCGCCUCCAGCUGAAAGCGGCGGGCUGCCUCUGUGGGAGGGAGAGGAAUGAAGCGGCGAGGAGGGCUGAAGAAGGUCCGAGUUUGUACCUCUGUUGCUCUCCUGAGGCGUUGCCCGUUCGCGCCAUCAAAAGUGGAAGUUCUAAGAUAUGUCUUUGAGAUAUAACUGUCCCAGCAGCUUGGUUCCAUCGGGUCCUGCUUACACUGACCGGUUCCUUCCCAGUUUUUGUGCCGUCUUUCAGGUUGGGUGACAUCUGAUGAGCCUACAGUAACCAUCCAAACAAGAAAAGCUCUCUUUCUCUCUCCUAAAUGUACAGAAUUUAUCUUAAAAGAGCACACCGGCUGCUUUCCCUCUGCAAAUCACUGCUGCUGCCUCACUUUUCUAAAGGCUCCCACCUUUUGGAUGUCAGGGGAAAAGCUCUUCACAGAGUGAGUGGUGAGGUGCUGGAAUGGCUGCCCGGAGAGGCUGUGGGUGCCCCAACGCUGGAGGUGUUCAAGGCCAGGUUGGAUGGGGCCCUGGGCAGCCUGGGCUGGUGUUAAACGUGGAGGUUGGCUGCCCUGCCUGUGGCGGGGGGUUGGAACUUGGUGAUCCUUGGGGUCCCUUCCAACCCAAGCCAUUUGGUAAAGUGAGACGCUGUGCUGAGCUCACACCCUGUGUAGGUUCGGAGUUGAUGCUGCAUAAAAUCAGCUGAGAUAUGCCUGUUCCGUGCUUCUCUGUGGUGCAAAAACUGCCGUUGUGCCUGGCUGGGUGUGAGGGAGCACCGCACAGUGCUAGUGGUGGCUCUGCUCCUAACUCCCAAAACUUAUCGUAAAUCUUUGGGCCAUCCCUCUCCCUUCCACAGGAGCGGAUGGAAUGUUGGUCGGUGCGUACUCCUGCACUGUAAAACUCAGACCCAGAGGUACCUUGCUUGGUCUGGACAGGGUAUGAAACACCAGCAGGAGUGGGUUUGGGUUGCGCUGCGGAUUUGGUGGAGCUGCAAAGGCUUUGCUCACUUUUUUUCCCCACCCGCAGUGCUGGAGGAAUGGCGUCGUGCUGCACGGCUCCUGCAGGAAGCUGCGUCCCAGCAGCACAGGGAGCUCAGCGCUGGGCCUGAGAAAACUGCAGCAGCACAUGGUGGGGAUGGGGGGGGGGGUGGGGAGCCUGGGCAGCUGGCCAGGCUCGCAUUGCCUGCCCUCAGCCUCAGAGGAAGCGCUUUGCGGACGUGCUUGGAGUUGGGCAGGAAGCUGGCUGUUCUGCUGGAGUUCUGCAGCGCUGUGAAUGGGUGUGGAGAAUAAACCCUGGUCCUGAGCGGUGCGGGUCCUAACUUGGGACUAUCACCCGUCCCCAGAGCUUCCCAGAGUGCAGUGUAUUAUGUGCCGUGCCCCCAGCAACAGGUGAUCAUCACAUGCGUUUGCUUCAGGCAGACUGAGCUGCUGGAUUAUUCCUGGUUCCGUGGCACUACCUUGUCUAAGUCACAUGGAGUGUUAUUUAUUUACUGAGAGCUUUGGCAACUCCAAACAGAAGUGGUGUUGCCUUUUAGAAGCUUUUCUUUUUUUUUUCACUGGGUUUUGCAAUCAGAAACAAAACAGCAUUCACUGGAGCUUGAGAGAGAUGUUUUGCAAAGUUGUUUCUGCUGUUUAAUGAGAAUGUAUUUACGGCGGUGCUUUGGCUGUGCAUAGACUGGGCUGUAAGGAGCUUAUUGGAGGUGUGCUGGGAGGAUGUUUCCUAUUGGGGAAUGUCUGUCUAGCAGUGUGGCUUUGGAACUUCUGGGCACGAAGAUUCAGUCUAAGAGAUUGUACUUUAAAAACUGUCUUUCUGUGAGGAGCUUCCGCCCACCCCAUCUUUGUGGCUUAACCCUCUCAGGGUCAGCUUAGUGCUGGUUGUGCAUGGGCACGGGGAAGGGGCUCAGCACGUGUGUGCCUGCCACCUCUCCCAGCAGGUCUGUGCUCUUGGCCUCGUGGAUGCCUGCUGCCUCUGACUGUUCCUUCCGUCUGCAAUCCUACGUAGUGGGUUUUGGUUUUUAUUUGGCUGAAAGUUCACUGUGAAGUUGCUGACAGUCAGCUGUGCCCACUGAGCAGUACUGGGGGGAAGGGCUGCUCAGGUACUUUGGUGCUUUCUGCUGGCUCAGGUUUCUGAGUCAUUCCUGGUGUUGGUUGAGAAGACUGCAAACAGAGCUACUGCUCUGCACAAUGGGGUUCUGACUUGUUUCAGCUUCUUAGCUGUUCUGAGCCCUUGUAAAACAGGGGCUUCAUUGUCCUGAGCAGCUCAGACAGGGAGUCCUCUGCCUCGAGCAGCGUGCGAUGCAGAGAGGCUUCUUUUCUUGCUGCUCUAUUUCCAUGGAAAGUCGGGAGUCCGCGCUGUCUUUAGCUGCUUUGUCUCUGUCUGGGAGAGGUCAGCUUACCCCGAGUGUUCAGCUGCCCUCCUGGUUAAAACCGAUCCUCUGACACCAUCUCAACCAUCAGAGGAAGAAACGGGCAGUUCCAUCUCUGCCUGCUCUCUCACACCGGGGGAAUCACAGCGCCCUGAUUUCUCCUCAUCCUUUUUUUCCCCAUCCACUUUCCCCUUAAACUGUACGGUAUGAAACAUGAAGCUCCAGAAGGGUCAGAAUUCUGAAGUCCGGCAGCGGAACAGGAGGUAACGGUGCACUUCUGGUGACAUCGGGGUGGUUUUUCUGACCUACUGCUAUGACAGAGAUGUUUAAAUUCCUUAAGCUGAAUCUGUGUGACAACGGUGCAGCUGCGGGGGAGCAGGAAACAGCCCGCGGCCACCAGACAGAUGUGUCAGAAUCAGAGUGCUGUGUUAGCUGUGAUACCCCGGAGCUCCUGCAGCUUUGGAGAAAGCAGGAGCACGUUCUGAAUUCAGCCAUGUUAGCCUGGUGGAAAAGCAGUGAGUGUGAGCGAGAUCUCAGCUCGCAGCUCCCUGUCCCACAGCUCAGGCUGUGCUCCCAUCUGCGUGCUGCUCUGUGCCCCGUUCUGAUGAGGAAGCUGUUAAUGAACACUCUCUUCUGCUUCAGCUGCAUGAAAGUGAAGCAUUGUCCGGGGAGCUUCCCUGCGGACGGCAGGAGGAUGGGACACGGGGGGUGAGCUGCUGGCUCAGUCUGGCCCGUCUGCACUGAGUGAGGUCUGGUGGCACUCCCUGCAAGUACGGGAUGCCACGGCUAUUAGGCAAUUAAAUUUGAAAUGCUGAGUAGGGAACUGCGGAGACAUUUGGGUCCUGUCCUUGUCUUUCAGUGCAUGUAACAUUUCACUGUACGUCUCAUCCAGUUCGGUUUCAGAUUGCAGCCAAAAAUGGUGAUUCCCGUUUCCCCAGCCCUUGUGUGCUUCUGCUUACGUAGUGAGUGGGAAUGGGGCUGUAGGGGCGGGUCGGUGCACGUUGCUGACCUGGAAGGCAGCCCUGCUGCCCAGCCUGGACAGAUGUGUGCUGCUGGGUUGGGAAGCGGGGCUGCGUUGCCAUGUAGUGGGGCAGCUGGACUCAGUGCAGUGCAGGAGCUGGGCUGCAGCUGUGUUUUUUCCCAUCUCCCUUCAGCAUAGUUACCAACCACGGCACGGUUAGCUGGGUCAGCAAGCUGAUUUCUCUGGAAAUUGUUUGAAUUGGUUGGUUUUUAGCCAAAUCAGUUCCUUGCUCUUUAUGACCUCGUGUUCCUACAAAGCCACCCCACCACCAGGGUGUGGAUGAGGCUGUGGGUGAGGCACCUCUUUCAGCUGGAGUCGAUGUUUGAUUCAGUGUAAAGUCAGCAUUUAUCCACAGAUCUGCCUUCGGGCGAAUUGUUUUUCCAUCUGUGCAGCAGCAGUGACAGCUCCUUACCUGCAGAGUGUGGUUAAUAUGUAUUGCCAGCUUUGUGUUCCUAGAACAGCUUCCUGCAGGACCUCAGAACAGUCACCCUUUCACGCUUCCCAUCAGUCUUGCUGGACAAACACACAGUGGCAGGUUUGAGUUAGAUUUAUACGUGUCUGUUCUCAGCUCUGUUUAUGUUCCAGUGCUGCCAUUCUGAUUGCUCAUCCUUUCUGCAUCCCCUGUUAGGGCAGCCUGUGAGCGGGGAGAGAUUUCCUUUCCCUUCCAUGUUCCCCACAGCAGUUCCACUCAAAGUCUUUACCACAAAAUGUCGUGAAGUCAUUCAAAGAAUGUCGUGUUCUAAAGAUACACCAUAAAAAAAACAACAUAUGACCGUGUCCUAUCACUUGUAAUUUUUUCCCCCUUGUUUUUGUGCUUGUUCUCAUGGCAAAUGGCACCAGGGCGGCACAGGCCAGCUGGCUGGGCUUUCUGGGCAGGGGAUCCGGAGCAUUUGGCCACUUUGAAGUUAUGUUUAUAAACCCUCAUAAAGCAAACAAAGCGGAGUGGGAACAACUUUGGUGUUCUUGGUGUUCCAGCCAUAGGAGCUCGUGUCCCCGAGGUUACGUGCUUGUGCUGUUUAGGAAUCUGAUGCCUUACUGGCAGACCUGGAAUCCACCACCUCGCAUAUCUCUAAGCGACCGGUGUUUCUAACAGAGGAAACGCCUUACUCCUACCCAACUGGAAACCAUACGUACCAGGAGAUUGCUGUGCCACCGCCGGUGCCCCCGCCGCCUUCCAGUGAGGCCCUAAAUGGCACUGUGAUUGACCCCUUAGACCAGUGGCAACCCAGCGUGUCCAGAUACGGCCACCAGCAACCUCAGUCCCAGUCUCCGAUAUACAGCUCCAGUGCCAAAAGCUCCAGUGCCUCUGUUCCUAGAGACGGGCUCAGCUCCCCUUCUCCCCGUGCCAGUGAGGAGGAACACGUGUACAGCUUCCCAAACAAGCAGAAGUCUGCAGAACCAUCUCCCACAAUGACCAGCACCUCUCUGGGCAGCAACCUCUCGGAACUGGACAGGCUUCUCCUGGAACUGAAUGCUGUUCAACAUAAUCCCCCCAGUGGCUUCUCAGCAGAUGAAGUCAGCAGAAGCCCAUCACUGCCCAAUGUGACCGGACCUCACUAUGUCAUCCCAGAGAGCAGCAGCUCUGCAGGAGGGAAGGCUGCACCCCCUACAAAAGAAAAACCAAAGCGGAAUGGUGGGCGUGGGAUUGAAGAUAUGCGUCCCAGUGUGGAGAGCCUGCUGGAUGAGCUGGAGAGCUCUGUGCCAAGCCCAGUCCCUGCAAUCACUGUGAGCCAAGGGGAGGUGAGCAGCCCCCAGCGUGUCAACGCCAGUCAGCAGCAGACCCGUAUCUCUGCUUCUUCAGCUACACGAGAACUGGAUGAGCUGAUGGCGUCCCUCUCUGACUUUAAGACUAUGUCUCUGAUUCCUGAACCCUCCCUAGAACCGGUUCCCGAUUCAGCAGAUGCAGACUCCAGCAGCGUUCCUCCCAGUAUAACAGUGCUACCCCCUUCCAAAUGCCCUUCUGUCAGGCACAGCGGGGAUGUGGCAGUGCCAGCAGGUGCCCCCUCAGCAGUUCUCUGUGCUGAGGAGGGCAGUAGCACUGUAGUGUGGCCUGCUUCAGGGCAGUGUGCCACUCUUCCACGUGUACCCUCUUUGCCACAAAUGGUCCCUGUGCCCCCUCCACGUGUCUCUUCUGUUUCUGCUACUCGUGGGGAGCAGAUGGCCUCUGCAAGUUCGGUGAGGCUGACUGGAAAGCCUGACUCUUCCAGGAAGACUUCCCAGGCUGUGGCAGCUUCCAGGGCUGAGCUUCUGUGUAGAUCUGCUAAGGUGGAGGCACAGGGCCUAGAGCUGGCAAAAGAAAGUGAGAAAAAGGAGCAGAGAAGUGAUCCCAAACUCUCAAGCAUCUCAAUUUCAAACACUGGAAUAAGUGGUCAAGGGAAGGGGCAGGCAGCUAAAGAAUUGGAUCAGCAGGGAGUGUUCAGGGAUAACUCAGCCCUUCCUUCUCAGGGCAGAAGUGUGAAAGCAGCCUUAGAUGAGCUGUGGGCCCUGGAGCUGUCUGAGCACGUACCAGAAGUACACAUAAAGAGUGACGGCAUUUUGAGUCCUGUGUGUAACCCUUCUGCUGUGGCCCUGGAUCAGUGGGGUGUCUCCCCAGACAUUGAAAAACAGCUGGGCUUUGUUGUGGAGCAAGGACGGGAGCUAAAGGCUGAAGUACCACAUGAAAUCCAAGUAGGUGGCUGUCCUGACCUGGUCAAGAAGAGGCAGGGCAGAGAGAGAGCUCCCAGGGAGACAGGUACUGCUAACAUGAACAAAGCCGGAGGAGAUGAGGAAAAUGAGCAGAUCAGAAGCUCUGCAGUUGCUCCAGAAUCUUCUGAAAACACUUGGAAAGCUGAAUGGGAUUUGCCAUGCCUCUCCAAACCACCCAUUGAAAGGAUUUCUGCAUCAGGCCAGAUUAAGUCUUUGAUCAAGAGGACAAAAGAAACCUCCAACGUGCAUCCAAUGAGUCGUGACCUCUCUCCAAGGCGUAAAUUAGGUCCUGCAAUAUUUCACAAGACUGAGUCCCAAGAUCGCUUGAUUGAAGAGCUGCAGGACAGACUGGGAAUUGCUAAACAGGAACAGGAGGAGCGGAAAAGCCAGGAUGACUGGCUGACAGAGGGGGUCAUUAUCACUGCCCGACCCCAAGGGGAAGAGCAGAAUGGUGGACAGCAAAUAGAGAAGGUGGUAUUCCCUCCAGAAUCCCCACACCCCCAAAGGAGGACAGUCUCUGUUUCAGCCUCUCCCCCACUCCAGCCUUCCAAUGAAGCUGUGAAGACAGUCCCUGCUAAUGCUUCUCCCUCUCAUGUACCUCUCCUCCCACUCCCAGCUCAGCCCUCCCAUGCACUAGCUACCUCAGCUCCGUGUCCAGUCUCCUCCUAUUCCUUUCGCUUGGCUCCCCAGCCACUUUUCCAGUGGGAAGCUUCUGAUGCUGAUUAUCAUGAGCUCUCUGUUGUGGGCACCCCUCCUUCUGAAGAUCCUAUGCAUUCUUCUCCCCAGACCUGGACCCCUAGCACCAAGACGGUCAUUUCUGUUGGCUGUCAAACAGAAGAUGAGGCUUUCUUCCCGCGAAUGCAGGUGACCUCUGCUCCUCCCCUCACCCACAGUGCCAACCUGCUGGCUGCCUGUGCACCCCCGGGUCCUCCCAGCCCUGAGAAGUUCAUGGCACAGGGGAAAGCCGGCGGCAGCAGCUCCCCACCAUCCACCACCCCAAAGCCUGGCAGUCAGCUGGACACCAUGCUGGGAAGUCUGCAGUCUGACCUGAACAAACUGGGGGUAGCGACGGUCGCCAAGGGUGUGUGCGGAGCCUGCAAGAAGCCGAUUGCUGGGCAGGUAGUUACAGCCAUGGGGAAGACCUGGCACCCUGAGCACUUCGUCUGCACCCACUGCCAGGAGGAGAUUGGAUCACGGAACUUCUUUGAGCGGGAUGGGCAGCCCUACUGUGAGAAGGACUAUCACAACCUCUUCUCUCCUCGCUGCUACUACUGCAAUGGGCCAAUCCUUGAUAAAGUGGUGACGGCUUUGGACAGGACGUGGCACCCUGAACACUUUUUCUGUGCCCAGUGUGGAGUUUUCUUUGGACCUGAAGGAUUUCAUGAGAAGGAUGGCAAAGCCUAUUGCCGCAAGGACUACUUCGACAUGUUUGCUCCCAAGUGUGGAGGCUGUGCCCGGGCUAUCCUGGAAAAUUACAUUUCUGCCUUAAACACCCUGUGGCACCCUGAGUGCUUUGUCUGUCGGGAAUGUUUCACACCGUUCAUCAACGGCAGCUUCUUCGAGCACGACGGGCAGCCCUACUGCGAGGUGCAUUACCACGAGCGCCGCGGCUCGCUGUGCUCUGGCUGCCAGAAGCCCAUCACGGGACGCUGCAUCACUGCCAUGGGCAAGAAAUUUCACCCCGAACACUUUGUCUGUGCCUUCUGCCUCAAGCAGCUCAACAAAGGAACCUUCAAAGAACAGAACGACAAGCCCUACUGUCAGAACUGCUUUCUCAAACUCUUCUGUUAAAGGCAUCAUAGAUGGGAGCUAAGCAUCUUUCUGCCCCCCCUUGUGGCAGUUCUGUCCCUUUGAACAUUACUGUGAUUUAGAAACCUUACCAGGCAGGGGAGGGGGCGGGCGGGCGGGGGGUGGGUGGCAGCGCUCAGUGCUGCUGCAGAGAGGCAGUAGAUCCAGAGAUGAGACGGACCAUUAAACUGGAAAUGCCCUUGCUGUGUCUCAGCAGAGAGAGGCUCGGUCCCCUCAUUACGGUGUGUCUGUGUGUGGCUGACAGCUGAGCUUAGCCCCAGGGCUCCACCAGGGAGGCUGUCCUCAGCCCCUCCUGCCAGGAGCCGCGUCUGCAUGUAGGGUUCUGCCUGUGUGUCAGCUCUGGGCAAACCCUGGCGCUCACAGACAGCGCAGCCCUCUGUUUUGACACCUGGCACAGUGAGGGCACCCCACGACCUCAGCAGCACCCUGCCUCUGCUCCUCGAGCCACGUGGCACGCGUGACUUAAGGCUCAGAGCCUCAGUGCAAGGCUGCCACGGCCCUGCAAGGGUCUCUCCAGUUCCAUUACACUGUAAGGAGUCGAUACCACUUUUUUCGUUGUUGUUUUGAAGAGGAAUGAAGGCGUUACUCUGUGGGUUCCUCCUGGUUUGUUACUCCGUGCCUCCUCCCAGCACGUGGGAAGCAGUGGGUGCUGCCCCCCCUGCAGGAGUGCGGGUGCAGGGAGUCAGAGCACAGCAUUACUGCCCGUCCCCGGCAGGAGUGGCUGUGUGAGCGUCCAUCUGUCAGAGGGGAAAGAGGCGAAGGGGUUUAAGAAGCCAGGAAGCAAACCGAGCCCUAACAACCUUCUCUUUCUCCUUCCUCUCUUUGCUAACGAGAGCUGCCAGCCUUCGGCCUUUCCCCUCGCCGCGCUCCCGUCCCACGUGUGCUCCUAAGAGAUGCUACAGCAAUAACUUUGAUACUGACUGUUCUGCGACACGCCCGGUUUUACUAUGGGAAUGAAUACUGUAUCCUGUCUUUGAUAAGAUUUCUACACUGAUUUUGUUUUGAAUUCGUAUCUAAUUUGCUUUUAAUCCUCUUGUAACAGAAAUUGGUUUUUGAAGUGAUUUUUAAGAGAGCGACUUUUCUCUCGGCGCUGCGCUGACGGCGCCGUUAAACCCAACGGGCGCGGAGUGCUUCUGAGGGCGGUGCGGGGGCGGAUUUAUCACCGCCGCCUUUGGGCCGCGCCGCUCCACGCAGCGCCCGCCGGCUGUGCCGGGAGCAGCGCGCGGGGCGGCGGGGCGCAGCUCGGGCUGCGGGGCGGUGCGGGGCGGUGCGGGGCGGGCAGCCCGCGCUCCUGGCGGCCGAAGCGGCCGCGGGGCGGAGCCGUGCCGGGCUGUGCCGGGGCUGCCGCCGCGUGCCAACGGGAGGGCCGAGAGCUUCCGCCCUCGGAAGGCGUAACCGGCUCCGUGCGGGCCGCACCGCGGCGCCUUGCCGCCAUGUAACGCUCUCGCUGUGCUUUGCUUCCAUUUAAGUUCUUGCAGUUACGCCAAUAAAGUUUGUACCGUUA